AUGCCAGACGUUGUGUGCUUGACUAUGAGGACCUUUGCUGGGCAAUUGCCACCCGAGGUGGGGUUUUUUUAUAAAUUUUCAUUAAGUUCAUUAAAAUAUUAUUUUAUUGAUUUUUAAAAAUAUUUUACUAUUUUUUCGGGUUUAGUUAUGAGUAGUACAGGGUGCGCAAAAAGUUCUGUUACACGGCUUUUUAAUCAAAUAUUUAUUUUAACAACAAAUAUAGCUAAAACAACAACUAAAAAUAGUAACAUAUAGUACUAGUUAUAACAUAGUCAACCGGUUUCGAAGUGUCCCCCCUUUGAGGCUUGGCAUAAGCGCAAAUUGUAUUGGUGAUACAAAAUAAAAGAAUUUUGAGCUGAUUCUGAGCGGGGCAGGUCCUGCAAUUUUCUUGUAAUAACUUUGUACACAAUAGAUACUUUGUUUGCCAAUUUUUUCAAAAUUAUUCAAAUUUUAGUCAUGGCACAAAGUUGUAAACCACAUGACAUCAAUGAAUGACAUGUGUUCAUUGGCUGUAGUUAACAAAUAUUUCUACAAGAUGGUUAACACGGAUUUCAAACAGCUAUGUUACGACCAUAUCAUAUACCGUCUGGAAAAUGAAUGUUGGGCAUACGCUUUGUCGCAGUAAGUUUUAAAGUCUAGUCUACCCUACUCUAUCUUAUCCGACCCUGCCUUAUCCUGCCCUCUGCUAUUAUAUUCCACCAUGCCUUGCCUUGCAAUGUCUUCUCCUAUCUUGUUUUAUCCUACUGUCCAUUUUUAUGGGCGUGAGUUCUUUCUGAUGUUCAUGAGCUUUCUUCGAUGUUCGUGAGGUUUUCCUAAUUAAGUGAGCCUACUCCUCCCGCCAUGUUUAAGAGUCCUACCCGAUGUUCGUGAGUCUUCCCCAAUGUUCCUAAGCUCUCUCUAUGUUCAUAAGCUCUUGCCAAUGUUUCUGUUGAUUCUAUAAUAUUAUAAUCAUUUAGGUUCGAAAGCCGUGCCUACAACGUCAUGCCCGACGACUUUGAAAUGUAUCGCCAAAACGCGGUAUGUUGCCCCUUCACCGGUAAAAUGGCACUGAAACUGGAGAACGGUUAUGUCGUACUCUCCAAUAUUUAUUUUGGCCUCAAGCAGUUUACUUUGCUCGAUUUUACACCGUAUACCGACACGAUCACCCGGGUUAACAUGAUCAAUCGAGGCCAACAACUUCUGGUUCGUACUCCCACAGUCGUGCUGAUUUACGAUCUACAUACGAUGAAAGUGACAUCUUAA